CCACCUCCUCGCCCUCAGCUAGUCUUGAACAUCAUGUGAUUAAAUCAACAGCCCCAAACGCUGCAACAGCUUCUACUACCGGCUAUUCCGAUGUUGAUUCCGUUAUAAGUGCUACAAAUAGUCCAUUGUGGGCCAUGCGUAAACGACGCCAGGCACCACCAGCUGCACCUGCCGAAAAUACCUCUAUGGUGUUUAAUUUUUCAAAUCGUAAAGAGGUUCCCGAUUAAUAGAAAAUGAUGGUGUUUUUUUAGACGCAAAAGAGAAUUGCCAAAGCCAAAUGAAUCGGGUUUCGUUUUAUUGGGUGAUCUAUCGGUUGAAACCUCUACCGAUAUGGAUUAUGAUGAUUUUUCAAUGUGUCCACCCUCACCAUGUGAUGUUGAAUUUGUUAAUGCAAAUAUUGUGAUUGAUGGUAAAUCAAGUAUUCGACAAAAAUCCAAAGAUACAACGUUCCGCGUACAAUUUAAUGAUACUCUAACAUCCACAUUUGAAUAUCCCUCCGAAGCUUCAUUAAUUGUGGAUGAUUCAUUUAGCGCCUAUAAUGAAAGCUAUACCCAACCCUUGGGUUCUAGCCCUACACAUGAUGUUAAUGAUUUUACACAUGCAUUUCAGAAUUUAUGUUUAGAAAAUAUCAACUCUACCAUACCACCUCUAACACAUCAUCAUCAUGUGGCCGAUGAAAUAAUACAACUGCCAACCUUAAAUGCUAGUUCUUCGCCUGCCACCGCUAAUAAUACCAAUAAUACCACAGCUACCAAAAAUAUAUUGGGCAAUUUACCAUUAGAUUACCCAGAUUUACAGAAGGGUAUACCAUUAACCACGACAGCAUCAGCCAAAGAAACGCCAAUAAAACCAAUAGAAAAGGAGCAGGAAAUCGGGAAGAAAUCCCGCAAAGAUUUAAAACUACCACUGGCAACAGCAGCAGCAGCAACGCCACAAAAACCUCCACUACCCGAGAAACGCUGGCAAAUGAGGAAGAACCCGGCUGCAGCCGGAGAAAUUUUAAAUUUCCCAAAUUUAAAACUAAACGAAAUAGUAAAGGAGGAACAACCGCGCUACCAGCCUAAAGAGGAGGAAAAGGCAACACCCCUUAAAACAAAAGCCAGAGUCUUAAAUAAUCCACAAUAUGCUUGUUUUCUUAGAGAAACGACGGCACCAACUCCUACAGUUAAGAAACCAGUACAACGUUCACGUUCUAAUGAAUUUCAAAAAACCUUCUCUACUUUCAACGUUUCGGCCUCAGUAGCACGUUCAAAUUCUUUAAGAAAUUUGGAAACAGGUUCAAAAACCACUACUACAUCUGAUGCAACUUCUCUCUAUUUUUCACCCGAAGUAAAUUCUCAUGAUAAACUUAACCCUACUUUUUCCUUUACCACAACCAGCCAGCCAGUUAAUCCAAACGCUAAAGCUCGUUUAAGUUCCUUUUUAGUAAAAAACCAAGAAUCCCAAGAACGUACACAAUCUUUGAAUAAUUUAAUAGAGAAACCACAAACUAAUUGCGAUCAGAGAUCAACUUUCUCAAAAUCCCAAGAAAUUUUUCGUGAAUUAACAAAAUCUCAAGAAAUUUUUAAAACAAAUAAAGAAAACCCUAUAAUUCCAGAAAAUCUCCCUAAAAAUAAACAGGAUUUAACAAAAGUAACCUCAAAAUCAAACAAAAUUAAUAAAACGCAAAUAAAUUCACAAGAAAAUUUCCUAGAAAACGAAAAUUCUUUAAAAAUUUUGGAAAAUUCUUUAAAAAUUUCCGAAAAUAUCGACAAUUCCCAAAAAUUUGCAAUGAAUUCUAACAAUGAAACCAAAAUUCAUUUAAAUAACAAAGAAUUUCAAGAAGAUUCAAAACAAUUAACAAAAAUUAACAAAAACCUAGAAAAUGUUUCUACAACAAGCACCCUAACAGAUUUUAACCCUCUGGCAACACUUGAUUAUCAAGUAAAUAACAGCAACACAAACUUGGCAGCAUUGUCUAAUGUAAAUAAACAAAUGAAAGAGAAUCUUUGUGAAACCAUACAAAUUGGGAAAAAUUUAACAGAAAUACAAUCUAAAAACACAAAUUUUAAAGAAAAUUCUUCAGAAUUAACAGAAGUAGAUUACAAAUUAAAAAAUUUAGAUAUACAUUUACCAAAAAAUCAAGAAAGUUUAAUGGAUUGCCAAAAUUUAACAAAAUCUUUGGAAAUUUCCAAAAAAUCCCAAGAAUUACUAAGUACUUUAAGCAAUUUGGAGGAAUCUAGAGAUUUGAAUGAAAAUUUAAACGAAAAUUUCUCUAAUUUCAUAGAUAAACUUAAAGAGUCUAUAGACAGAUUAGAAACGACUGAUAAAUUUGUGUUUGAAACCAAUAAAUCAGAUAAACAAUUUGAGAACUGUAAAAAAUCUGUAGAAUCGUUAGAUUUAACAUUUAAUGCAAAUUAUUUAACAGAUAUUGAAUUGAAAAUUAAAGAAAAUUAUCCCGCCAGACAAAUAAAGAAGUUAAAUUUGAAUAAUAAAGAUAAAACUCCAGAUUCUUCCAUAUUGAAGGGAAAUAAUGAUAAUUUAAAAGAAGAUGCUAAAAAAUUAUCAGGAAAUGAGACCUAUAAGACUCUAGAAGUUCUAGAUACUUUAGAGAAUUCAUUGGAGAAUUCAGCAAAUCUUUCAUUAAAAGAAGAAUCAAUUUCUAAACAGAAUGCUUCUCAAACUUUUACACCAAAAUCCGAAAUUGAAAACGAAAUUUCCCAGAUUUUAAUGAAUUCUUCCACUCCAAAAGAGUUUAAAUCAAAAUCUGUUAACCAUAUAGAUUUAAUCGAUGAAAAUCUAACACAAAAUUCUUUGGAAUUUACUCAAUCUCUUAAUAAUUUACAAACCCUGGAAAUUAACGAAUAUUUAGCAAAAGAUUUCGCAAAUUCUGUUAAUAACAUAGAAUGUUUUCCCGUUAAUUCGAAUUCUGUUAAUAACAUUGAGUCUUUAGAUUAUAGCAAAGACUUAACGGUUGUUUAUAUAGAUGAUUGUGAAUAUUUAUAUCAAAAUCAUACCAAAUCUUUAGAAAAUUUUAAAGAAACUAAAGAUUUUCCAAGAAAUGAAACUAAAUCAUUAGAAAAUUUCAAAACUGAAGCGUUAAUUUUUGAAAAUAUUGAGGAAACUAAUGAAAAUAUAGAAACUGCAAAUAAUUUUAAUAAAAAUCCACAAACUAAGCAGUCAAUGGUAACUCUAGACGAUUUUAACUGUAUGGCAUCUCCUGAAAUAGAAAUGAGUAUCAGCAACACAAACUUGGCAGCAUUGUCUAAUGAAAACAAAGAAAUAACAGAAAAAUUUACAGAUUCUUCAAUAAAAAACAAAACUCCUGACAAUUCCCUAGAUUCCUCAGCAGAGGAGCAAAUAAAAAGUGAAUAUGAUUUAGAAAAUAUUGAAAAUUUAACACCAGCUAGGUUUGAAUCUAAAAGCGUUCAAUUAAAACCCCUGCACGCUAUAUCUUUAGAUUCUUUGGAAGCCGAUGAAACUAACGAACAAACGAUUUGUGUGGAAUUAGAUGAAGGUGAAGUUUCUUCUAUAGUUAUACAAGAUGUCGAUAUAGAACUUGAGGGCUGUUCACCUUAUGAUUUUAAUUCCCUGUUACAUUUAAAGAAAUCCAAAACUUCCUAUUGUUUACAACAAUUAGAGAAAUCCUUUUCCGAAGAAUCACAAAGUCUAGACAGUACUUUAGGUAAUGAAGAGUUUAACUAUAUAACAGCCUGUAAUACUUUGCCCUCUAAAUGGUCUUUUAAACCGGCUGAAAUCGUUCCAUCUCCUUUAGCCACUAAGCAAAAAAUAGCGCCCAAAAAACCCAAAACUUUGCGCGUUAAAACCACAGAAAAAUUACUAAAUUUUACCUCCAUGGCCUCGCAUAAUGUCUCCACAUAUGCCUCUUUUCGUAAAUCGAAAAAUUUCUAUAAAAAUGCCUCCAAAUCUUUUAAGAAUUCAUUGAAAUUCUAUGAAACUUUUAGUGAAUCGAACUCUUGUACCCAAACCUGUCCCUUAAGUCCGGUAAAAAGAUCUCUCAGCUUGCCCGAGAAUCAAAUAAAAAUGGCGGAAAUUAAUAGGAAACUAUUUGCCAAAACGGGUAAAAUAAAAAUGAAGUUGAGAAAUUCCAAUGAAUGGCAAUCGGCCACCGAAAAAUCUCAAUCAUUUGAUUUUUUUGAUAAGGUGGGUGAUCAAAAUGGGAAGCUAGGUAAACGGGGAAGGAUAGGAGAUAUUGCCGAUUUAGAAAAGAUAGAAAAUUUUAUGGAGUUUUUUAAAGAAACUGCCAAAUUGAAAGAAAUUUUAGAUAGUAAAGAGAGUUUGGUAAAUCACGACCCUAAUGAAGCGGAGGUUCCAAAUGCAACAUUAGAAAAUGAAAAUUUGGAAGCUACUUCUUGCAAAGAUUCGAAUAUGGAACCUGAAAUAUUAUUAUCCGAAAAAUCUCUUAAAUUAAAACCACUAUAUAAGGAAGCAACUUUCAAUACAAGUCCCCAACCUUUUGAAGUCAACUAUGAGAUCACCACGUUUGUGGGAGCAGAAGAGAGAGAACUGGAAGAAAUCUCUUCUUUGAGUGAUUUAAAGGCCCCGGGAGAGUUUCAUUGCGAGUCAAACUCAGACUUAAACAAAUCUACCCAAAUAAGUUCUAAAAUAACUUCUGUUAGUUCCCUAGAAUCAGAAGAAACCACUUCUUUGGAUAAGUUAAAGGACCCUGGGGAUCUAACAUCAGAUUUUAACAAAACUCUUGAGACUGCUGAAGAAUCGUUUACAAAUUCUGAAACUUUGAAGGAAAGUUGUUGUUUCGAAAAAAAUGAAACUUUUUUUGCUAAUGAUGUUGAUAAUAAAGAGGGAACUUCCACUACUUUAGCAGCAUCUAUUGGAACUCAAACGGGAUGUUUGGAGGAAAAAUGUUCCUCUAAAAUCCAAACAGUUACAACUUUUUCGGUUAAUGCUUCCUAUCUUAAAGAAAAAGCUGCCUUUUCCACAAAAUUGAGCAACUCAGAAAGUUUAAAUACGAGCGUUAGUAAUGCCAGCCAAGGUUCCCCUUUAAUUCCCACAACAUCCGGGAAAAAUACACAUAAUCCCAAGCCAGAAUCGCACGCUAAUAGUUCGGAAAUUUCUGCUGCUAUUAAGCAAAGAAUUUUAAGGACCAAUAGACUAAGAGCAAAUGCAACAUGCGAAACUGAUGCCGACGAAAUUUCUCAGCGAUUUGCGAAAAAAUCUGGUAGCAAUGUUGCCCUAAAAGUGGAAAAUUUUAAUAAAAAUUCGGUAAAUUCCCAAAAAUUCGAAAAAUUUAAUGAAAAUACUCUUAAGUAUAGUUCCUUAACAAAUGAAUAUAAAAAUGGCAACGCUUCCUUUGAAUUCCCAGAGAAUUCUUUAAAAUCUCUUCAAAAUUCCCAACAUUCAAAAUCGCUGGAAAACAUUAAAAUUUCAGAAAAUUUAUUAAAUUCCCCAGAAAUUUUAGGUGAAAAAAUAGAAACUGGUUUUAGAAAUUAUGCUCAAGCAAACCCUGUUAAUCGUAACGAAUUCCCUAAUGCAACAUUAAAAUCCCCAAUUUCUCCAGUUUCUAAAAAUUUAACAAGUUUCGUGGAAACUUUUGUUACAAAUGUCGAUACAUCUUCCAUUGAUUCUUUAAAUAUUGAUUCCCAAACAUUUGCUGAUAGUUCCCUAAAAACUUUUACAAAAUCUCCUCAAAAUACCCAAACUUAUGGAAAUUUGGAUAAUAUCCUAAAAGAAUCUGUUGAAAAUAUUGAAAUAAAUGAUUCUCCAGGAUUAUCUGCACCUUCCCCGGAAUUCCCACAUAUUAUUACAAAAUCUCCUCAGAAUUCCCAAAAUUGUGAAUAUUUUUCGAAUUUACAUGAAAAUUCUUUGGAAAACAAAGAAUUUUGUUCUAAAAAUAAUUCAUUGAUAGUUAAUGCUUUACAAUUCCCAAAACCUUUUUCAAAAUCUCCUCAAAAUUUCCAAAUUUCGGAAAAUAUUUCAAAUUUGCCGGAAAUUUCGUUUAAAAAAGUUAAAAUUUCUUCUAAAAGUGAUGAUUUUGAUGUCAAUUCCUUAAAUGCUCCUAAAAAAUCAACUUCUAUUAAUUCUCCAAAAUCCCCUCAGAAUUCCCAAAACUGUGAGAAUUCUUUGAAUAUCCCAAAAAUUCCGUUAAAAAAAACUGAAAUUUCUUCUACAAAUAACACUUUUAUAACUAAUGCCUUCGAAUUCCCAAAAAUUUCUUCGAAAUCCCCCAAAAAAUCCCAAAUUUCUGAAAAUAUUUCAAAUUUACCGGAAAUUUCGUUUAAAAAAGUUACAACUUCUUCUGCAAGUGAUAAUUUUAAUGUUUGUCCUUCGAAAUUUCCAAAAUCUGCUUAUAAUACUGAAAACUAUGUUAAUUCUAUUACAAAAUUUCCUCAAAAUUCCCAAAACUGUGGCAAUUUUUCAAAUAUUCCAGAAAUUCCGUUUAAAAAACAAGAAAAUUCUUCCAAAAGUGAUAGUUUUAUUUAUAAUUCUUUGGAAUUCCCAAAACUCCCUUCAAAAUCCCGUCGUAAUUCCCAAAUUUCUGCAAAUUAUUCGAAUUCUAACGCAAUUUCUGCGACAAAAGCUCAAACUUGCUCUACAAAUGUUCCUUUUAUGGCUAAUUCUUUGGAAUAUUCAAAAUCCUCUUCGAAAAGCCCUCAUAAUUCCCAAUUUUCUGGCAACUAUUCCUAUUCUUCUGUAAUUUCUGCGAAAUCUUCCCAAAGUUGUGAAAACUUAACUAAUUUUCCUCAAUUUUCGAAGAAUUUAACGAAAUCUUCAGGAAAUUCUCAAAAUUUCUGUAAUUUUCCUGUAAUUGUUAACGAAUCCUCUUUAGUUUUUCGAGAUUCCAAGGAAUCUUCGAUAUCCCAAAACUUGCCAAUAUUUUCUAUAGCAAAUAAUGAAAAAAUUUCGGUUACAAGUUUUAACACAUUGCCGACUCCAUUCUAUGGAGACGUUUUUAAAAAUUCUCAUAAAUUUGUUACGGAUUCUUGCACGAAAGAGAAUUUAACAAAUUCAAUCCAAACGAUUACUGAUUUUCAUAAAUCUGCCCUUAAAACUAACAAAAUUGCGCAGGGUUCACAAUCAUAUGGAAAUUCCGAACAGAUUAUAUCCGCUAAAGCUUUGAAUACUCUUUAUAAGGCUUCCUUAACUUCUUUAGAAGAGGAUACUACUUCAACUUAUUUAGGUUAUAACCAUUCCUUUAAUUAUCCCACUCCUCAGUUUCUGAGCAAAUCACAUUUAAAUUUAAAAACAAAAUUUUCUAUUACACCAACUACUACAACAAAAACAACAACACCUACACCUUUUACAAUGGUUAAGGACUUAAAAGAAACUACUACAACAGAAAUUGCUACUACUUUUACUGCAACUACUACUACUACUACUAAUUUUCCAACUAAGGUGGUGGCAUUAAGUAAUUUAAAACCAACAAAUAUUUCUUAUGCAAAUUCUUCUUUCUCUUCUUCUUCUUUACGUUACACAAAUAAAGCAAAAUAUCAACAAAAUACCACGACUACAACCACAACGACAGCGACAACUUUUACUCCAGCUCCACCUUUAAAAGUACAAGCAACAACUGCAACAACAACAACUAUAAAAAAUCCUCCUAAAGUUUUACCACGACGUUUAUAUAAUAAUAAUAAUGCACCCAAACUGGCAAAAACAACUAUGAUUUCCUACUCCUCUAAUUCUACUAUUACUUCCUCCUCCAUCACCACCAACACCACUUGUUUUAAAACUACUUCAACUACUACUACUACUCCUUCAACUUGUAAUGCUCCUCUACGUAGACGUAUACCUGGCAAUACGCUGUAUUAUGUUUGAAUAACUUCUACUAGUUCUACUACUACUGCUCUUCUAAACUUUGUCUAUUUCUCUUACAUUCGCUCUUUUGUAAAUGAGUGUGUUUUCUUAGUAUUUUACUACCAACAACCACCACCACCUUCUUCUUCUUAUUACUACUAUUAUACUUCUACUACUCUUCUACUCCACUUUUUACUAAAUGUUAUUUAAACAUCCCAACUCGUAACAUGCUAAAAAAAAUUAUACAAAUUAAAAUUAAAAAUUUGUUUAAUUGAAAACAAAAAAACGAUGCUAGUGUGCCUAAAGCAAAACAAACAUAAAAAAACAUUUCUACUUAAAAACUCCAAAUAAUAUUUGAAAAAUAAAAUUGAAUUAAAAAAAAUAUACACCAAACAAAAUUCAUAUGCCAAAACCAUAAACAUUUUUAAACAACAAUCAUAUUUAACAUUUAAAAAAAAAAAACCGGCCAAAACACAGCAGUUCUAUUCUACUACCUACUCCCUAAAAAAAUAGUGGUAUUAAGAGUGUUAUUUUCUUAAAUUUAUACAAAAAAAAUUUUUGCUCAAUUUAUUUGUUUUUUUAAUAUUUAUUUAUAUAUAUAUUUGUAUUUAUCCAUAUAAUUAUAACAAAAAAUAAAAACAUUUUCAUUAAAAUCUAAACAAAUCGUUUAAAAAAACAUAAUCCAUAUUUAAGGUUCAGCACCACUUGGUUUCUACACGCCUCUAAAAGCACCCAUUGAUAGACUAUUUCAAUUGGGCGUAACACGAGCACCUUCACUAAUCAGCAAUGAUUCACCCACAGAACCCAAUGCAGCAGCAAAUGGUAGACUUUUUAAUGGUAUUUGUGAUGGCGAUGGUAGUUUGGUGGGUUUGGGCGGUAAUGGCAGUAUUGUAGGCAUUUCAGAUGGUCUUAUAACCGAUGAUAUGGAUA